AUGGCUUCCGUACAACCCGGCUCUGAUAUGGGCUCAAACCAGCUGCCUAGCGGCAUGACCCGCGAACAGGCGCAACACGUCUACAAGCAAUACCAAUUGAUGAAGCAGCAAGGCGUCCCUGAGACGAACCCAGAAUUCAUCAAAGCCCGUAAUAUGCUCGCUAUGAUCCAGAAGCAAACUCAGUACAACAAUAUGCGACGCAUGCAGCAGCAACAACGCCAACAGAGCAUUUCCGAUCCACAAGCCAUGCAGCAGAAUGGAGCUGCCAUGGGCAUGGCCAAUGGGAAGCCUGUUGUGCCUGCCGAUGUAGCUUCAGCAUCGAGCGGUAACGCGACUACAACGCAGAUUGCGACAGCCAGUGGACCGGCUCCCGGAGGCGAUGGGCAGACCCCAACGUCAGCUACGAGCGCGAACGCUGCUUUGUCCAAGGACCAACUCAUGAUGCUGCGCGCUCAGAUUGGAGCUUUCAAGCACCUUAGCAAGGGCUUGCCUUUGCCUGCGAAUAUGCAGCAGCAGAUUUACGGCCAUCAUACUUCUAAGAAGCCACAGACCCCUGUCGAUGCCGUAAACGCCGCUUCUCAGGUCCUCGACAGCGUGACCCGCGCUUCAAGUACGAGUGGCGCUGUCCAAGACACUCCUGCUCUGCCUCGCCUUCCCGACACCUUUAUUGAGCCUUGGCAUAGCGAAGCGAUCCGCGACGUCAACUACAUGACCCACGCUGAGCGCAAGAACCGCCCAUACAUGGCGACAAUCAUGCCACAAGGCGUCGACAUUGAGUCUGUACAGCAGAGCAUGCAGGAAAUGCGCAAGGAGCGCGAGAUCAUUCUCUACAACCGACUCACUGCGAGAAAGGCGGAGCUGGAGAAGCUCAACGCAAACAUUGGUUCGUGGGAUACCAGCAAGACGGACACGCCCGAGGACGACGGAAAGGUCAAGCUGGCUCUGGUGAUUGAACAGAAGAAGCUGAACCUUCUUGAGAAGCAGCGCAAGUUGCGACGAGAGAUCUCGCAGCAGAUGAUCCACGCCGACAAUCUCGCCAUGACCGCCAACCGGACAAUCUACCGCCGUCUCAAGAAGCAGUCGAUGCGCGAAGCUCGUCUAACUGAAAAGCUCGAAAAGCAACAACGGGACGCGCGCGAGACAAAGGAGAAGAAGAAGCACCACGAGUUCAUCGACGCCAUCCGCAAACACCGCACCGAGCUACAGGAGGCUGGUCUGGCACAACGACAGCGUCUGCAGAAGUUGGGCCGCACCAUGAUCACCACUCACCAGAACAUCGAGAAGGAAGAGCAGAAGCGCAUCGAGCGCACUGCCAAGCAGCGUCUGCAGGCCCUGAAAGCCAACGACGAGGAGACCUAUCUCAAGCUUUUGGGAGAGGCCAAGGAUACACGUAUCACGCACUUGCUCAAGCAGACCGAUGGUUUCUUGAAGCAGCUUGCUGCAUCCGUCAAGGCCCAACAGCGAACUUCCAUCGACCGGUACCAACUCGCCGACGAGGUAUCCGAAGACGAAGAGAGCGAAGACGACCAAGAUUCGGACGCUGAACCACGCCCGGGCAAGAAACGCACCGACUACUACGAAAUUGCCCAUCGCAACAAGGAAGAGGUCACGCAACAAGCGAGUAUAUUGGUUGGCGGAACUCUCAAAGAGUACCAGGUCAAGGGUCUUCAAUGGAUGGUGUCUCUCUACAACAACAACCUCAACGGUAUUCUUGCAGAUGAGAUGGGUCUGGGCAAGACUAUUCAGACCAUCAGUUUGAUCACCUACCUCAUUGAGAAGAAGCGACAGCCUGGACCAUACCUCGUCAUUGUACCCCUCAGUACCCUUACCAACUGGAACAACGAGUUCGAGAAGUGGGCGCCGACUGUCUCGAAGAUCACGUACAAGGGACCACCCAAUCAGCGUAAGCAGUACCAGCAGCAGAUUCGAUGGGGCCAAUUCCAAGUUCUCCUCACCACCUACGAGUUUAUCAUCAAGGACCGACCGAUUCUGAGCAAGAUCAAGUGGGUUCACAUGAUUGUCGACGAAGGACAUCGUAUGAAGAACGCUGGCUCCAAGCUUAGUGUGACCAUUACACAGUACUACACCACCCGUUAUCGUCUCAUUCUCACUGGUACGCCACUGCAGAACAACCUGACUGAACUGUGGGCCAUGCUGAACUUCGUCCUUCCCACCAUCUUCAAGUCUGCUACAUCGUUCGAUGAGUGGUUCAACACGCCGUUCGCCAACACUGGUGGACAAGACAAGAUGGAGCUCACUGAAGAAGAGCAGCUUCUUGUCAUCAAGCGUCUUCACAAGGUUCUUCGUCCAUUCCUUCUGCGUCGUCUCAAGAAGGAUGUCGAAAAGGACUUGCCGGACAAAGACCCGAAGGCGGCGUCAUCAAGUCUGCGAAAGCUCUGUAACCAUCCUUUUGUCUUCGAGCAGGUUGAGGAAGUCAUGAACCCAACUAAGAGCACCAACGAUCUGCUGUGGCGAGCUUCUGGCAAGUUUGAGUUGCUGGACAGGAUCCUGCCCAAGUUCGAGAAGACUGGCCAUCGUGUCCUCAUGUUCUUCCAGAUGACACAGAUCAUGAACAUCAUGGAAGAUUACCUGCGUCUGCGAGGCAUGAAGUACAUGCGUCUGGAUGGUGCAACAAAGGCAGACGAUCGCUCGGAGCUACUUAAGGAGUUCAACGCCCCCAACUCGCCCUAUUUCUGCUUCUUGCUAUCAACACGUGCUGGUGGUCUUGGUCUGAAUCUUCAGACUGCGGAUACCGUCAUCAUCUACGACUCGGACUGGAACCCUCAUCAAGAUUUGCAAGCGCAAGAUCGUGCCCAUCGUAUCGGUCAGAAGAACGAGGUGCGAAUUCUGCGUCUCAUUACAUCCAACUCCGUCGAGGAGAAGAUUCUGGAGCGAGCCAACUACAAGCUGGACAUGGACGGCAAAGUCAUUCAGGCUGGUAAAUUCGACAACAAGUCUACCAACGAGGAGCGAGAUGCCAUGUUGCGUAUCAUGUUGGAGUCUGCAGAAGCUGCGGAGAGCCUUGAACAGGAAGAGAUGGAUGACGACGAUCUCAACUUGAUCAUGAUGCGAAACGAAGAUGAGUUCAAGCUGUUCCAAGAGAUGGACCGGCAGCGUCUCACAGACGAUCCAUAUGGUCCAGGCAAACCGCUGGGACGUCUCAUUGGCGAGAGCGAACUGCCUGAUAUCUACCUUAACGAUGCUGAUCCCAUCGUCGAGGAGAAGGACGACACACCGGUUGGUCGUGGCGCUCGUGAGCGCACUCGUGUCAAGUACGAUGAUGGUCUAACGGAAGAACAAUGGCUCGAGGCAGUCGACAACGACGAGGAUACUAUCGAGGAUGCUAUUGCACGCAAGGAACAGAAGAAUGCCAAGCGGAGCCGGAACAAGACCGCUAGGAUGGGCCUUGACCCAGAACCCUUGCCGAAGAAGCGAGGCCGGAAACCCAAAGCAGAGAAGCGUAAGGCCGAUGAAGCCUCACUCGAUGGUGACCUCGCACCACGCAAGCGCGGUCGACCCGCCCCAGCCAAGGACAGCCUCAGCCCCGAUAGCCGCGCUUCACUUCAGAAGGUUGUGAACUUUGUUUACGAGGCACUCAACGACCUUGAAGAAGAGUCGUCUGAUCCUGACAUUCCCAAUCGUGGCAUCAUCGAUCCCUUCAUCGAGCUGCCCGACAAGUGGGAUUACCCAGACUACUACCAGCUGAUCAAGAACCCAAUCUGCAUGAACCAGAUCAAGAAGAAGAUCAACAAGAAAGAGUACCAGUCUGUCAAGCAAUUCCGCCAGGACAUUGGCAUGCUCUGCAAUAACUGUCGUCACUACAACGAGGACACUAGCUUGCUGUUCGCAGACGCAAACUUGAUUGAGUCCACGGCUGUAGACAAGCUGCGCGAGGCUACCGCCGAGUUCCCAGAGUGGCAGGACUUUGAUGAGGCUGGUAGCGUUAAUGGAGGGCCGAGUGCUCUGACCAGUGCCGUUGGCACGCCACGAGGUGGUCUAUAA